GCUGGCUAAAAGAAAAUGUAUCUCCGGACGUCCGAGCUUUUAAAAGCUCAUGAACGCCCCGAGCGUUUUGUGGUCCGUCAGAACCUGUAGGCUGCGAGUUGGUGCAGAAGUCUCUGUGGACUCGACCAAAACACGAAAAGACAGAUAUAAACGCCAUGCUGCGAGUAAACAUUAUAAUCUAGGUUAAAAGGGAGACGACCACUGAAACCACUGAUCUAUCCUCGAAGUCAGAUAAAAAGGCAUUCUCCCUCAUCAAGAUGACGACCAUGGAGGGCAGUAACAUGCAGACUCUUAGCUCGGAGAUGCCGGCCAUGGUUGACGGCGUAAAACUGGCAGCGGUGGCCACUGUCCUGUACAUUAUCGUUCGCUGUCUGAACCUGAAGAGUCCCACAGCUCCACCAGAAGUGGUCUACCAGGACACACCCCUCAGUCAUUACCUGUUCAAAUCCUGCCCAAUGCUGACCAAAGAAUACAUUCCUCCGUUGCUGUGGGGGAAGAGUGGUCAUCUCCAGACGGCCCUGUAUGGAAAAAUGGGGCGUGUCAACACACCCACACCCAGUGGCAUUCGCAAAUUCCUCCCCAUGCUUGAUGGAGCAACAGCGACCUUUGACCUCUUUGAAGCUCUUCAAGAUCACAGCACAGGAGAUGACAUUACCAUGGUAAUUUGCCCCGGGAUCGGUAACCAUAGUGAGAAGAGAUACAUUCGGACCUUUGUGGAUUACUCCCAGCGGCAGGGUUACCGCUGUGCCGUUCUUAACCACCUGGGAGCCCUGCCCAACAUUGAGCUCACGUCUCCACGCAUGUUUACCUAUGGUUGUACCUGGGAGUAUGGAGCCAUGGUGAGUUACGUCAAACGAGCCUUCCCUGAAACUAAGCUGGUUGUGGUGGGCUUCAGCCUGGGGGGCAACAUUGCCUGUAAAUUUUUGGGAGAGAAUCCGUCGAACCAGGAGCGAGUGUUGUGCUGCAUCAGCGUCUGCCAGGGCUACAAUGCUCUCAGGGUUCAGGAAACGUUCUUUCAGUGGGACCAGUGUCGGAGGAUUUACAACUUUCUGUUGGCAGACAACAUGAAGAAGAUCAUCCUGUCACACAGAAACAGUUUGCUGAGCCUGAGCUCGGGCAACAUCGGUGAUGCAGACAUGAGCAGACUGUGUGCCGCCACUUCUCUGAUGCAGAUUGAUGACAGUAUUAUGAGAAAAUUCCACGGCUACACCACUUUAAAGGACUACUAUGAGAUGGAGAGCUGUAUGCUCCACCUUCACAAAGUAUCUGUGCCUCUGCUGCUGCUGAACUCCAUGGACGACCCCCUGGUCCAUCAGUCACUGCUGGCUAUUCCACGUGCACUCACAGAAAAGAUGCCCAAUGUUAUGUUUGCCCUCACCCAACAUGGAGGUCACCUGGGCUUCUUCGAGGGAGCGAUGUUGUUUCCUCAACCUCUCACCUGGAUGGACAAGAUCAUCGUGGAGUACACUGACGCCAUCUGCCAGUGGGAGAAGAACAAGCCUGUGUGUCAGAGGAGCAGCCACCAGGACGUGGACUCCUGCCCACAGUGUACGAGGGAGACCCUCAGUGGGUAGAACUAACUGAACAACUAAUGACCAAAACAAUCAACCCAUGUUGGUACUGACGGCCCUACAGCUGGGUGAGUCAUUCUACGACAAAAUGAACAAAGUAAAGUAUGACAUGAAUUAGAUGAGAUCUAAUAAACGAAGUCAAGUUAAAUGGUCCAAAUGAAAUAGCUGAUUUACCAGUUUGGCAGGAAGGUACUCUGUUUAAAUCUACGAAGAAACUUAUUGUUUAACUAAGAAUAUUUAUUUAAAAAAAUGGAGAGGUUGGUAUGAGAACAAAGACUUGGAAGAACAAAGCUCAGAUACAAAACAAAAAAAACACAAAGUGUAACAGCUGCUUCUGAUUGUCACGUCUGGUCCAUAUGAAGACAGUAAUGUCACAUUAGAAAAACAGAUGAUGAGCAGAGCCUGAUGAAAUAUGGGUCAUUAUAGUUAACAUUGAAAGUGGACAUUUUCACCCGCAUUUGUUUCAGGAUGUUUAGGCCACAUUUCCUUGGUUACAUGUGGGCGACUUGUGCUGCUGUGUGGGCCAGAUACAAGCUGGCAAUGCUGCGUCAUUGUCAAUAGUGGACCACGUCAUAAACCAUCGGCAGAAGUUUGAUUAACAAAAAAGGUAGUUAAAACAACCUCUAGCACUCCUUUAGUAAAACCUGAAUGUAAAGAGUCUUCCUGCUGCACUGUUCCUUCCUCCUCCCUAUACUUUACUUUUUGCUGACCCUGAAUCCCAGUGUCAGGGUGAUGCACUGUAAUGAUGGAAUUCCCACUAAAUCAAAACUUGCACAGAAACUAAAAUGUAGCAUUUACACAUGCAGUCAUUUAAAAAAGAUAAAUAAAUAUCUUAAACGCUAAAGCCUUAAACUCAUUGAAACAAUAAACAAAAUGAUCUGCAAUGAUUUAAGUACAGCUCGUGUGUGACGAAAAUGAUGUUGAAUUUUGGUUGGUUAAGUUGCAGCCAGACGUAAGUGCCUUGAUGUAAAUAUAGAUAUGUUAAUAAUUCAGCUGUGUUAAUGUUUUUUUUCUUGAUCUCAGGUCCAGUAACAUCUCUACUGUCUUAACUGUCUUUCUAUAAUUAACCUUUAACUUUUUCCAAUGAUUGUAGGGGAAAUGAGUGGUUUGCUUUGUGUAAAUGGGUUCUCUUUGCAUUCCUAGUGUUUACUGGACCAUGCACCUGUGUUCUUGCUACUGACUUUAACUGAAAUAAAGAUAUUGUCACUUUUUAACAGUGGAGCUCUGCUUACAUGAAUAAAGGCCUUUAGAAAACAGCACGUUUCCUUCUCAGAAAAAUCUUCUGCUCAGUCUCACAAAUCUGUGGCUGCAGUUAAAUUUCCAUGCUGACAAAGUCAGACAUGAUAGAAAUAUUUUGUUCUGCCGAGUCAUUGUUUUUGUCAAUUUUUGUUUCUUCCAAAAGAGAAACAGCGCCCCCUAUUGGUCUGUCUGUAUUUAACUCUGCUCAGCACUACUGCUCAGCCUGUACUGUACCUUGAAGACUCAGAGUCUUGACUUGAAGAGAUGGACUGUUGUUGCCUGCACUUUACCGUCAUUUAUACAGUCACAAAAUCCUUUGUACAUGCUGUGGUUCGCAGACAUGAAUAAAUGUUUUACAUCUUUCAUUUCAA